AUGGAUCUCUUUGAUAUGCAACAGGCCCUUUAUGAGGCCGAGCUCAUUGAGCGACGACGUGCCAUCCAGCGGGAACAAGUGCGCCGUUGGGCCCUUGAACGCGAGCGCGAAGCGCAGGCUGUAGCGGCUGCCCGGCGUAUGGCGCUUGCUCUAGCCGCCGAGGAAGAGGCUCGGAAACGCCAGUUGCAGGAGCGCCACCGUAUGUGCGCGGAACACGCUCGUCAGAACAAGCGCCAGCGCAAGCUGGUGCACCUGGUCCAAAUGGGCCCAUUCGUUGUUGAAUUUGCCGAGCCCGACUCUGUGUCAGAACCACAGAGCGCUUGUGGUCAGGACUGUGUGUGCGCACCGAACGCAAAGACAUGUGGCUGCGAUACCCUAUCGGCGUUGGGAUCAGACUCCACGCAUAAACCCUCGGUGAAUGCCCGUGCUACUGCACCAUCUAGCACGGAGUCUACAACUGAGCCAGCCACAGAGCCCACCGAGGAGUCUACUAAGUCUACAACGGAGCCAACAACGGAGCUAACAACGGAGCCAACUGCGGAGCCAACUGAAAAGCCAACUGAAAAGCCAACAGCAGAGCCAAUAGCAGAGCCAACAGCAGAGCCAACUACGGAACCCUCUACGGCUGUCGAAACGUCUGUGGCGGAGUCUACGCUAAAGCCAAAGGAGGAAUCAGCUAUUCUUACGACUGCCCCUGCGACCGAGCCGUCGAGUGGUACUGCCAACUCAUCUGAGAGCACCAACUCGCAGCUGCUGUUUUCCUAUGACUUUCCGCCCUGUGACACAACAUAUGGUCGUGACGUGCGCAAGCAAGUCCAAGCAGACCGCAUAGCUGUCGAGGCGAAUACGCUGAAUGGCGGAAGCAUCCAGAUCCGGGGCCUGUGGGCCAAGUCGGCGUCGCCAGGGAGCCGCGCAAGCUCGUCGCGCUCGGCACACGUCCGCGAUGUGGACGAGAACGGUGACGAAGUCCUGCUACCUGAGGACACGGACUCCGAGUCGGAAGCCGAUGCGCACAUCACUUUUGACGAGUCCGCAGUGCUGCCUCUCCCUGCGCUCGACAAAGCACGAGCGUUGCGCGCGGAACUGAACGACCAAGGCUUUCAAUUGUGGCUAGACCUGUAA